CGUCCGUACGGUAGGCUAUACAGGAUACCAGGAGAUUAAACUGAGAUUGGAAUGUCUCGGACUUAGUCGUUCUAAUAUACCUUCUCUCUCCCUUGAUACUCCAUAUAGGUCUCUGGUAGUUCGAGCCUCACCUCACAUCUCGGUUCUCAAUCUCAUACUCUUGUCAUCUCUCGGUUGCCCACGAUGAAGCAAUUCACUUUUGCUCUUGUCUCUGCCUUAGGGCUACUUGCUACUGCAAGCCCGGUUCCCCUGUCACGCCGUCUUCUCAUCAAUGACCGUGCCGCCGUGACAGCUGCUGAGAUGUCAAUUCUCGAGUUUUAUGCUCAGUAUGCUGGAUCCUCGUACUGCAACAGCGAAGUAACUGUUGGUUCUACAAUCACUUGCUCCGACGACGUCUGCUCCGAUGUCGAGGCCGCCGGUGCCAAAGUGCUUGCAACCUUCAGCGGAGAUGUCACCGACAUCCAAGGCUUCGUCUCAUCAGACGACACCAACAAGCUGAUCGUAGCAUCCUUCCGAGGAUCCUCGUCUAUCCGGAACUGGAUCGCCGAUCUCUCCUUCAUCCUAGUCUCCUGCGACCUCGUAAGCGGGUGUCUAACCCACGCGGGCUUCCUAACCGCCUACAAAGAGAUCUCCAGCGCCCUGCUCGCCGCUCUCAAGAAAGCCGUAGCCGCGAACCCGACCUACAAGAUCGUAUUCACCGGACACUCACUCGGCGGCGCCGUAGCCACCCUCGCCGCAGGCUACGCGCGCAAGCAAGGGUACGCCGCGGACCUGUACACGUACGGCAGCCCGCGCGUCGGCAACAAGGCCUUCGUGAGCUACGUGACGAACCAGACGGGGUCCGAGUACCGCGUCACCCAUCUCGACGACCCGGUGCCUCGCCUCCCGCCCAUCAUCCUCAACUACCGCCACACCUCGCCCGAAUACUGGCUUUCGACCGGCACAUCCAACACCACGUCCUACACGGCCGCGGACGUGCAGGUUUGCGAAGGGUUUUCAAACACGAAGUGUAACGCCGGGACCGGCGGCUUGGACAUCGCCGCGCAUUUACAUUACUUCGAAGCGAUCAGCGGGUGCGGCGCCGGCGGCUUGUCCUGGAAGCGGGAGACGGCCAAUGUGACGAGCGAUAUGGCGACGACGGCUUACGAGGCCGUUACCGAUGAGGACUUGCAGACUCGUUUGGAGGAUUGGGUGUCGCAGGACAAGGAGUAUGCGGAGUCGUUGGAUGAGUGAUUCCGAUUCCGGGGUGGGUGCAUUUGCGUUUAGGGUUUCUUUUGGGCAUAACUGUCUGUUUAAGUUAGGUAGGUAGUUGCAUGUUUGCAUGGGGGGAUAAGUGGCAUUUAGGAGCAUGGGUUCACAUAGGGAUGGCGCAUUGGGAUUUUGGAUAUGGGAUGGGAGGGGGGAGAUGGAAAGGGAUUUGGUUGGAAAGUUGGGUUACGAUUUUGGGUAUAAAAAUUUAAUAUACCCAUGUUUGGAUACAUUUCUAUGUCUCUUCUUGGUGAUAGACCGUAAUUACUUCGUACAGUAUUGGUUUAAUCAGUAAUCCAACAAUGGCAUAUCCUCGCGUGACAUAUCUAAAACCACAGGCGUUAGCGAACUGCCUUUUUAAUCCAAGUCGUGGGUUAUCUAUAAUCUAUCCAACCCACCCC